GAAGGGCAAGGGAAAGGUGCGAGAUGGCGAUGGCACUUGUGCUCUGCAGCAGGGUCAUGGCGGUUACCUGUCGCGGAGCUGGGACAUAAUAAAAUUGGAUGUAUGAAUCGCAAAGCGAAGCGAGACCAGCAGCGUUCAUCAGCUUGUAGACCAUGGCCAUGUCGCUGACGCAUAUCCUCAUCGUCGCCUGUAGAGGAGGAGGUUGCUGGAAGACGAGUUGGUUUGCGUGCAUCAGGGCUUUUGUUUCAUCCACGUCCAUCCUGGUGCAAAAAACUUCCUGCCCUGCCUGGGGUGAGGAUGAUGAGGGCAACCGCACUGGACUGAUGCUUUCUGCGGCGCCGUUGGUCUCAAUUCCUUGGCUCUUGCGUUUCUAGAUUCCGGAUUCGCCUCAAUCCGCACCUGCUUGGCCCAGGUGCAACGAUAAUUUGGUGAUCGAUUUCUGGAACAAGAAACCCAGGAAUUUGACUGGGAAGAUGAUUGCCACAGAUUGGGAUAAAGCAGAAUGAGAUCAGGCAGUUUAUGGAGACAUUUGCAGCAGCUUGGCGGGGCUUUCACGGCGAGUCACUCUGCUCCUGCAAGCAAUGAAGCAAUCCUGAUUAAAACCACUUUUGUUUCAGGAGGCAAGCCCGUUGAACAAUUAUGGAAACUAUGUGAAAGGUUAGCGCAGGGUUUGGGCCUCAAAAAGAAAUUUAUUGGUGUAUACUUACAUUUGAACUUCAGAGUAGGCCAUCAUAGGCAUUUUUCUUCCAUACCUGAUCAUGUAUUUGAAGGUCAGUCAACUGUCUCCACGUCGAAUUCCAAUUACCCUGGUCCCGUCGGCCGAAAGCUAUGCUCUCUCAGCUCCAACCUAGACUUGAAGCUGAAGUUUAAGCUGACGCCGGGUCGAACACAUGUCUCACAUGCUAUCAGCCGUGAACCUGAGUAUUGGGACACCCCUGAACAAACGACUCCAUCGCAGCUCAGUCAAGAAGUUCCGUCAGUAGAUCAGAACAGGACACUACGAGAAAGGGAAUGGGACCAUGACGAGGACAAAGUAUUCACAAGAGAUCGAAAGUUUAAGAAAGGUACUGAGGAUUUGAAGAUGUCAAGGGAUGACGAGGGCAUCCAAUGGGGCCAACAGCAUGUGCGUGUGCGGGAUCAUGAGACCCGUCAGCGGACGAGCCUUUCCCCUAACCCACCUCCUAAAUUUCAGCAGGACGAUGUCUAUAUACCUGUGAAGGCUUGUUACAUCUCCCGAAGUGUGGAUUUGAAGCGGCUGUCAGAGGAACCCUUCUUGGAGAUAACCCCUUCGCGCAACAAUCUUAUCAUUCGAUUUACCAACCGGCCUGCUAAUGCGAAACCUACGUCAAACAGACCUGGUUUUGCAGAAAUAAGUCGCUCCCAAGAUAGAUACAUGGUCGCCUUUCAGUAUGGAUCCAUUGUGUUUUUCAACUUUUGUGAUGACGAAGAGGAAGAAGCUCUGUCUGCCUUGAGCAAAUUCUGCACAGACAAGUUCCGGGAGACAAGAAAAGAUGAUUAUGGGGUGCUGGUUAGGCCAACCCUACGUCAGUGGAGUGAGGGAGGACAGGACCGAAUCAUGUUGAGGAUGCUUGACACCGACAACAUCAGAGUUAUUUCUAGCAUUCUUGGCCAAAGUAUUGCCCUUGAUCACUACGCCAAGAAGGUGGAUGAGAUGGUUAAUACGUUCAGUGAGCUAAACCGAGGAAUGGAGAACACUGGUACUUUCACGAUGACUCGGAAGAGCUUGUUUCAGCUGGUAGCGGCUGCCAACACCACUCUUGCAGAUGUUAUCCUCCGCUUGGGCCUCCUGGAGAGGUCCGAUGCUGCUUGGAAGGACGCCAAUUAUGCUCAGAUUUGGGAGUACUUGCGCGAUGACUUUGAACUUGAUGAACGGUUUGAGAGUUUGGACUUUAAGCUUAAUAUCAUACAGCACAAUGUGCGAUUCUUUCUGGAGAUUCUACAAAAUAGAAAGUCGGAUACACUCGAGUGGAUCAUUAUUCUUCUCAUCACAGGAGAGAUAUGUGUUGGUGUUUACCAGAUCCUUUUGGAGACCAACGUCGUUUAGAACUCAUACGCGUAGCUUGGCCUAUGGGUUUUCUCUUCAUAAAUGGUCAAGAUUUCAUAAUUUUAUAGUUUUUUAGAAGCUUCAGGGAGUCCGUCAGGAGUCUGAUUUGGAGCAAUUCAUUUUUUCACUUUUUAACACCCUUUUUUGCAAGGUUUAUCGUCA